AUGUCUAAAAAAAGUUUAUAAGAUAAAUUAUAAGAUAAAAUAUAAGAAAUAUAUUAAGAUUUAUUAAAUAAUCGUAAAUGUGAUAAUUCAUUUGUUUUCUAAGACGAUUUAAUAAACUAUGUUGUUUAAUAUCCUUAAUAUUCUCGUUUAUCACCAAAAAUAAUAUAACUAGCAGUAGAAAAAUUCUACUAAUAGAACAUUGCUCCAUAACAAACCCAUAAUAAUAAUAGAGGUUUAAAUAAAUAGCUUCCAUAUAUCAAUGAAAAAAAAAAUGAAGAGACUGAAGAGCCAAAAAUUAAUAAAAAAAUAAAAGAAACAAAAUAAUAAGAGUAAAAAGAAGAAUUAAAAUAAAAUGAAGAAAUAGAUAUAACAAAAAUAUUAUCACUUCAAUAAUUAGGAGGAAUAAAUAAAAUAAUAGAAAUAUUAAAAUAAUAAAUAUAUUUACCUUUAUAAAAUACACAUAUAUUUAAUCACUUAAAUAUCUCUCCUCCUAAGGGAAUUCUACUUACUGGUCAACCAGGUUGUGGAAAAACUGCAUUAGCAUUAGCAAUAUGUAAAGACAUAAACACAAAAUAUAAUUACCCCUUCUAUUUUCGAUAAAGUACCAAUAUCAUAGGCGGAUUAUCAGGAGAAUCAGAAAAAAAUAUAAGGAAUAUAUUCAAAAUAGCAAAAGAAAAUGCCCCAUCUUUAAUUAUAAUAGAUGAAAUUGAUGCUAUUGCAGGUUCAAGGGAAAAAGCCUCUAAAGAAAUGGAAAAAAGAAUUGUAAGUGAAUUACUAAGCUGCUUAGAUUAGCUCCCUAAUGAUGUUUUUAUUAUAGCUACUACUUCAAGACCAGAAAGCCUAGAAAGCGGAAUUAGAAGAAGUGGAAGAUUCGAUUGUGAAAUAAUACUACCUAUCCCUGACGAAAAUGCCAGAAUCGAUAUAUUAUAAAAAAUAACAGAAUUUAUACCUUUAGGAAAAGAAGUAUAAAUAGAAAAUAUUGCUAAAGAUACACCAGGUUAUGUACCUGCUGAUUUAUAAGCUUUAAUUUAGAAAUCUGGUGUUUUUGCGGUUUAGAGGAUAGUUUUUUCAGAUUUUUUAAAAGAAAAUAAUAUUGAGUGUGUAAUUUGUCAAUAGGAUAUCGAAAAGGCUUUAAAAGAAAUUCAACCUACUGGUAAAAGAGAAGGUUUUGCUAUUAUACCUUCAGUUACUUGGGAUGAUAUAGGCGCUUUAGAUGAUCUAAAGAAGGAAUUGACAAAUAAUAUUAUCCUACCAAUACUUUAGCCUUAAAAGUUCGAAGUAUUUAACAUAAGUAACCCUUCAGGUGUUUUAAUGUAUGGUCCACCAGGUUGUGGGAAAACUCUUUUAGCAAAAGCAGUAGCUAAUGCUUCAAAAGCAAAUUUUAUUUCAGUAAAAGGCCCCGAAUUAUUAAAUAAAUAUGUAGGAGAAUCUGAAAAAUCAGUUCGUUAAGUCUUUUCAAGAGCCAAAACAUCAGCUCCUUGUAUUAUUUUCUUUGAUGAAAUAGAUGCAUUGGUGCCUAAAAGAGGUUCUGAUAGUACUAAUUAAGUUACAGAAAGGGUUGUUAAUUCCCUUUUGGCUGAAUUGGAUGGGUUUGAAGGUAGAAAAUAGGUUUUCGUGAUUGCAGCUACUAAUAGACCAGAUAUUAUUGAUCCAGCAUUAUUAAGAGGGGGAAGAUUGGAUAAAUUAUUAUACGUACCAUUACCUGCUAAUGAGGAAAAAAUACUAAUUUUAGAAGCUUUAUUAAAAAAAACACCAGUUGAUGAUAGUAUAUGCUUAAGAAGUAUAGCUUUUGAUAAAAGAACAGAAGGAUUUUCAGGAGCUGAUUUAGGAAGUUUGGUUAAAGAAAGUGCACUAGGAGCUAUUUUAGAAGGCAAAAAUGUUGUUAGUAUGGAUUAAUUUAAUAAGGCUAUGGAUAAGGUAUUUCCAUCAUUAUCUAUAAAAGAUAGAAAUUUAUAUAGAUAAUUAUAAAAUACACUUAAAUCUUCUAAAAAUCAUAUAAAAGAAGAAAUUUGA